UAAAAAACAUCCAUACAUCUCUUGUUCCACGCGACCGGCCUACUCCCCCAACUUGCCGCUGCCGCAGCGGGAGUCGACGCUUUGCUCCGCGCCGAAGCUUCCCCUCCUUGCUCCUCCGCUGUUGACGUCGCCGGUCGAGAUGAUGUCCGGCGGUGGCUACUCCGCCCUCGACGACCCAAAGGCCUCUGGAUCCGUCCCGGCGGUGACGGGGCCAGAUCCGCAGACCAUCAAGUUCGCCGACUCCAACCUCCAGACCUUCCCGCCCUCCGAGGCCAAGGGCAAGAUCUCGGGCGCCUACCGCCCGCCCACCGACGCCGACGACACCUUCUCGUCCAAGACCGGAGGAGGCGGGGGCGGAAGCGGCGGCGGGGGUUCGGACGAUGCCGCGCAGGGCGGCUGGUUCCGGAUGUUCUCUGUGGCGGCGUACAAGCCCUACUUCGACGUCGACACCUCCGACGUCGUUGAGAGGAUCUGGGAGUCGGUCUUCCCCUUCCGCGGCAACUUCACUGAGAAGACCUCCGAGAAACCAGACCUGUAUGGGCCAUUCUGGACAUGCACCACACUGAUUUUUGUUGCUGCAUCCAUUGCCACGUUUGUCACCUACCUGUCCCACAAAUGGCACAAGAAAGACUGGACCUAUGAUAUUAACCUGGUUACAUGGUCAGCUGGCUUAUUCUAUGGCUAUGUGACAUUUGUGCCCCUUGGUUUAUAUGUCAUUCUGAAGUACUUCUCAGCACCUGCUGGACUUGUGCAGCUGUGGUGCCUCUAUGGGUACUCUUUGUUCAUCUUCAUUCCAGCAUCGCUUCUGUCAAUUGUGCCAAUAGAAAUAUUCAGAUGGGUUAUUGCUGGUGUCGCUGGGUUUAUGUCUGCUACCUUUGUUGCCGUCAAUCUCCGUGCCCACAUCUUAAAUUCUGGGGAGCGAUGGGUCUUGAUCGUUGCAGGGAUAUUCUUGUUGCAACUGGGACUGGCUGUUUUGCUUAAACUAUAUUUCUUCACGAUAACUGUAUAGGGAAAUAGUAUAUCUGCUUGUACUAGUCAGGAAUGAACAUGAAGUUUUCCAGGUCGAAUCGAUUCAUUGAUGUAAUUUUCCAGGUAUACAUCCACCGUACAUGUGACACAGGGAACACCGCCUCGUUAGCCUCUGAAAUCAUACCAGAAAUGGCAAAAAUGGCCUUUGAUUGUUACGAGUUUAAGUAUGUUUUGUGGUCAAGUUUGUGUUCCAUUACUUGAGAUUAAUAAUGAAUAAAUCACAAAUAGCUA